AUGUUGGGGAUCAAGGCAUUCGUGCAGGAAUCCGUGCAAGCGCUUCCUCCGUCUCAAUUGCGUCUGCUAGCCGGGACACUACGGAUCGAUCUUCGAGGCUGUGAAGACCGAGGAGACAUCGAACGAGUGCUCACAGGACUGGUUUGUCUGGAUCAGGACACGUCGCUAGGAGUUUUCCUCGCUUGGCUUCGAUCUGCGGACUUACAACAGAGAAGUGGGAUCCUCGCCAGCAAGAAGCAAUCGUUUAACAAUACAUUCCUACCAGCGAUUCGUACCAAUAACCAGCAGGUUGAAGGUACUGAGCGUGUGAAGGACCAUCAUUUAGACGAUGAGAUCAAGCAGCAAUUGAGUGAAUUAGAAGUACUGGAAGCCGCGUUUAAGAAGGCUGAACGACAAGUGCACACAGGCUCACCCAGCUUUGAAAAGCUCAAGCAGUUCUUGAUGGAGUUGACGAUACUAAGAGCGAAAGAGCAGAGUGCUCGAGCUUUCCUGGUACGACGAGUGAGUGUUUUAAAACAGCAGCAUGAUGAAAUGCGAGCUGAAAUGCUGCACUCCAGAACUCAGUUAGAUUUCUUUGUUGAAGGUUUUACGAACUUGAGAAAGAGACACGACGCGCUGUUGACAGACGCCACUCGAAUGAAAGCCGAGAACGAGACAGCGCAGGAAAUCUUUAUCUCUAUGAGUGCUCACGACUGCUACUUUGAGCAACUUAUGCGCAAUACACUUAGGCAGCAGAUACGAGAUAACGAGGAUAUAAAGCGGAGACUCAAUCAAGCGCACGAGGAUCUCGAAGCUGCAGCUCAGAAUUGUCGGGAGCUGGAAGACCAGAUCUCGCAGCUUAAACGGGAACGUGGAGACGCUCGUAAAGAUGCCUAUUGCUACAAACGCCAGCUUCGUGUCUGUAAAACACGACUGAGACGACUACAGGCUGGAGGAGGCGACGGCUCUUUUUUCCGAGAUCAAGCAGUGGAAUUACGUCAAACAGUUGCUACUCUUCUGGGACUUUUACGCGAUGCAGUUGUGAGGGACACAAAGUCUCCUAAACAAACACUAAGCAAAGAGGCUUUAAGAAUUCUACAUCAAGUGCUGACACCAAAGAUUAAUGCUCCAGAGAAUGAGGCGCAUUUAUUGCGACCUCGUGGAAAUCAAGAGCAUGAGAGUGAAGAAGUAAACUCUGCACAACCGCGAGUCGUUUAUCGACGAACUUCUCUCGAUGUCGACGAAGUGAUUAAAGGUGUUUUGCUAGUGGAGGGCGCUACACCGACUGAUGCUGCGGAGUGUGCACGAAUAAUGAGCGAGAAGCUGAAGUAUCUGCCUAUUGAUCUGAAGCAAACGUUGAUGCAACUUCAGAAGGAUGAGGAGCGAGUAGGUCAAGAAGAAGAACAGAGAAAACUGCAAUUGAUCCAGGAGCAGCACGUGCAACAGAGUGAAGGCCAAGGAACGGACGGACGAAGUGAUACAAGUGUUGUAGCUUCGAUGGUAUCGCCUCAAACACCAGUGCAGCCCAGUUUAUCUGCUGAUCGACCAGCACCAACACUCGAACGCUACGCUAAUGCACUUAAGAAACACGUAUCAGACUUAAUGGAGACUCAGAACAAGCGAGGGUUUGUCAUGUACAACUGGCCAUUCUUCUCGCGUGAUGUGAACUUGCUCACUGUCAUUGGACUGCCCGUCGACAGUGUCAUCAACCUUGAAGUCAUCCAGAGCCCUCCAACAGCUCUCAGCUCCGUAGCAGCACCAAGUUCGACAACUGCAACUGUUACUACCCCAUCUACCCCUGCUUCAAUUAAGCCCAAGACUCCUGUCGCUACAGCAAAAACUACUUCAUCAAGCAGCAGCAAUUCACGAGCUAAAGCCCCCGUUGCAAGCUCCACAGCUCGAGGCAAAGCAGCACCGUCAAAACCUGCAGCAGCAUCGAAAUCUCCAGCCAAGCCUGCAAGUCGCGCAGCAGCUCCAAGCACAGCAGCAAAGCCUCGAGCUGCACGAACAACUGCGACUGCAACCUCCUCCUCCAAGCCCAAAACUCCAGCAGUGCCCUCAACUUUUGUCAAACCUGGUACAAGUACGUCUCAGCUCAAAUCUGAAGCUGCCAAAGUCAUCAAGAAGGCUCCAACUGCAGCUUCAGCUCUUCAAGGCUUGGGUGGCAUAGUGCAAUCGGUUGGACCGGCAACUUUUCCAGCUGAGCGCGUGAAUGCAAUUCUACAAGUUUUAGAGCAGCAGAAACGACGCAAAGUGGCUCCAAUUGUGCGGUGGGAUGAAGCCACUCGCCGGACGAACGAGAUGUUGGCCAUGUGGGCCGAGGAAGUCCACAUGCUUGUGGUUCUCGAGCAAGAAAGCCGCAAACCUCAGAAAGCGCCACUGGCGCCAGCAGUCAACCCCUCCAAGCCCACAACUUCAUCUCCUAAAAGAUCCACAACCGCUGCCAAGGGUCCAACACGCGGAUGAGGAAGUGGUGGGGGAUCUGCGGAUGUCGACAUGAA